AUGAAGCUCUUUUUCUGGCUAGCACCUGCGUUAGCAUUACUUCAGUUGGACUUUGUCGUCCACCGUGGGAAUUCCAUCAAUGACAGGGGCAUUGAUCGGAAACCUCUCGUGAAGAAGGACUCCUUUGAGAUCAAGGUAGAAAAUGAGCGCUUGUUCUACCUUACCCUGUUGGAGAUAGGGUCGCUGAAGCAAAAAGUCGAAGUUUUGGUAGAUACGGGAUCCUCGGAUCUCUGGGUUCCUGCGAACAACUGUUCAGGGUCUGCUCUGUACUCGUAUCGGAAGAGAUCGAUGGGGGACCAGCAGCAGCAACACGGAAGACGCAGAGUGUUGGAUUAUCUUGAUGCCUCAGUGGGUGAUAAAUCGGAAUUGAAUCAUAAAGAAGCUUCUCCAGCGAGUCAUAAACAAGUGGAUGCUGUGGUCGACAGGGUGCCGGUGCCAACUACCGGGGUGGAAAAGGUGUCUAAAGAGGGAAAAGAUGGUGUUCAGCGGUACUACUACACCACGUACACGUACUCGUACUACUACUACACCAACUACUAUACCAAUUACGGUACUUAUGACUAUACCUCCUACUACACCAAUUACUACAACAGCUACACCCAGUACUUGACAAAUUACUACCUGAGGUAUAGCGACUACUACCUGAGGUACAGUACUUACUACACCGGUUACUACUCUAAUUACUACAAAACUUAUCAUUCUGGCGAGCUUCCUACAGCAUCACGGAGCGAUGCUUCUGCCUGCACUAAGUACGGCACGUACGAGACAGGCAAGUCAGAAAACGUCAAAGUAAACGAGACCUUGGGCCUAUUCCAAAUCAGUUACUCGGAUGGCUCUUAUGCGUACGGUGAAUACGUCACUGAUGACGUUACCAUUGACGGAAAAAUGGUUAAGGGCCUAAAUUUUGCUGUAUGCGAUUUGACAGACUCAGAGAUCGGUGUGCUUGGAAUUGGGCUUCCGGCAUUGCAGGGAUCGUACUUUUUGGGAGUCACUGAUGAAUCUUUCUCGAAUCAGUACGAAAAUCUUCCCAUGCUCCUUAAGCUGCAAGGAAUUAUCAAGAAAAAUCUCUACUCUGUGGCCUUGGGAAAGAACAAUGCACUGGAAGGGUCGAUUGUGUUCGGUGGUGUUGAUCACUCCAAGUAUAGUGGCACGCUUCAGAGAGUGAAGAUAUUGAAUCGGUACGAAAAAAUUGGGGAGAAGAACCCCGUGUAUCUUGAAAUUGCCUUGACUUCCAUCACUGGCAAGAACCUUGCUGUGAACUACAGGACCACGGUUUUGCUCGACACGGGCGCUACCAACAACUACUUGCCGGCUCCAUACCUCAGGAGGAUCGGUAAGCACUUGAGAGGAACGGAAGACGAUGAUGGGUAUUGGGAGGUCGACUGUGACCUUUUGGACCUGGAUGAGGAAAUCGUUUUUGGGUUUAGUGGAGCAAACAUCUCUGUACCCGUCAAAGAUUUGAUUGUGCAAUCUGUCUCGGGUAGGUACUGCUAUUUGGGUAUUUUUGAAGAUAAUAAGACACCAAGUUUGGGUGAUAGUUUCCUCCGUAACGCAUACGUGGUGUAUGACUUGGACAACUACGAAAUCGCAUUGGCGCAGGCAUCUGAUGGGUCGGGAGAAGCAGAUAUUGAAGAAGUGACCGGCGAUAUUCCGGGUGCUCUGAAAGCGCAAUACUACGAUUUUACAUCUGUGAGUGAACAGUUCCAGUACACAAAGCUGGGCUCGAAAUCUAAAUUGGUCGUCUUUACCGAGCUGUUUAGUGAUCCUGUUCCAGAAGCCACCCCACUCACCACUGAUGAUAGUUGGAGUGCUGAAUCGAAUUCCGAUUUUGAAUACUCAUCCAUCAUCAGUGCUACUGGUGAUUUGCCGGAGGGUCUCAAUUCUUACUCUGGAUUGGGCAAUAUGACGGCUAGUUUCACUGCGAUUUCUGAGCAUGGCCCUGAUGGCUCCUCUUUCACUAUGGGGGACAACCCUCCUACCAAUGGAGACCCCAAGAGUCUGUCUCUGUCCAAAGGCGACGCCAACAAGGUUGCAAUUCAGGGUCCCCUCUACAUAGUACUUGCCCUUCUUACUGCUCUCCUGCUUAUUUAG